GCAACAGCUUCAGACAGGCAACUCUCCGAGCCAUCCAGAAACUUCGGUGAAGCAGCUAAGCCGUUCCGGCAAGCGAAGCUACAGAAAUAUUCGUAAGAUAAGAUCCACUUAACGUCCACGGUGUCUGGCUAAACAGCCAAGCAACAUGACUAAAGGAGGCAAAAGAUAUGCUAAUAUGGAGAAAGAUGGCAUCUGGUUUGCCCAUGUUGAUGUGGAACAGUCGGAGAAAACACGAGAAGCAUGUACGAGCACAGGAUCCAUGCUGGCCCAAGGGGUGCACCAACCCAUUCCACUACGAGAGAGAUAUCCCAAAAUGAAUCUUGAAAAGAAAGCAAUGGGAAGAAACUAUCCAUUUUCAGAACAUGAUAACCGAGCUACACUGCAGAAUACGAUUGAAACAUAUGAUCAUGGUUUGGGCCGUAAGAAGUGUCCGGAUGACCGCAGCCAGCACAACUCUCAUUUCUGCCUCUGUCAUGAUGGCAACAUGAGCGCAGUAGGGCUGGAGAGGGAGGAUCAUUCUGCCUAUCAGACAGACUUUGUGCCCAGUCAGGGCAUGGAGAGUAGAGAGAACACAAACACAAGGCGCUUUCCCAGGAGCCAUCUGGAGAGGUCCCGUCAGGCUACUACAAUCCAGGCUGGGGAAUGCUAUGUAUGGUUUGGAAGGCAUGAUCUGGACCACCAUAUGCCUCUUAAUGUAUUAGCAUCUUCUAACCAUUCCUCGUGCUCUUAACUGAUAUGAUCAUGUCCCAGGAGAAUACAUUAAAGCAAGAAUGAGCAUAAA